UGCUUCUCCCGCCUCCCCCCUGCAGCCCACCUUGCCACGUCCCUGGAGGGCGUCGACGUCGCCUCGGUGCAGCAGCAGCGGCAGGAGCAGAGCUACUUCGUGCGUCUGGGCUCCCUGUCGGAGCGGCUGCGCCAUCAGGCCUACAAGCACUCGGUGAACAAACUGCAGCACACCCGGCAGAGGGCCCAGGAGGCCCUGCUGCAGCUGGCGCAGGCCCUCAGCCUGAUGGAAAGUGUCAAGCUGGGCAUGGAUCAGAAGCUGGUGGAAGGUCAGGAGAAGCUACACCAGAUGUGGCUCAACUGGAACCAGAAGCAGCUCCAGGGCACGGAGAAGAGCCUGGCGAAGCCAGAGCAGGUCGAGUUCCAGACGCUCACCAUGUUGCGUGACAUUGCCCAGCAGCUGCAGGCCACCUGCACCUCGCUGGGGUCCAGCAUCCAGGGGCUGCCCAGCCACGUGAAGGACCAGGUGCAGCAGGCUCGCCGCCAGGUGGAGGACCUCCAGGCCACCUUUUCCGGCAUGCAUUCCUUCCAGGACCUGUCCAGCUCCAUCCUGACGCAGAGCCGCGAGCGCGUUGCCAAGGCCCGCGAGGCCCUUGACCACUUAGUCGAGUACGUGUCCCAGAACACGCCCAUCACGUGGGUGGUGGGACCCUUCGCCCCUGGAGUCGCGGAGAAAGCCCCAGAACCAGAAGAGAAGAAGUAGG